GGAGGUUAUGCGUAGUCUGCAGUCUGCGGAUUUGAGUUGUGGAUUCAUUUUGCAUUGAAAAAAAGUCUGAAAGUAACCUUUUUGGUUACUGAUUAUCCACAAUGACAGCAGUUUUGAUGUCAAGCAAUGGUCCAGCAGAAGUCAUCAAUGCACGUCGGACUGAAUCCCUCGAUGCGCCAAACAUUCUGAAACUAGUGGGACCAUCAACGGAACCUCAGUUUGGACUUGUCAAUGUUGUCAAUUUAAUUGAGAAGGCAGUCUUGGCUGUGACGCUCAACAAUGACAAGGAACAGAUCUUGGCUCACUCAGCUUUCUUUGAUUAUCCUAACGUUCCCGAGGUUGACCCAGCCACUUGGCAAGAGUGGCUCAACACCUACUAUGACUGUGAGAAAUGCACUCCCUUGAACACAUUGUUCAUGCACUAUUUUGCAGCAAAGCAAGAGUUUUCACACGGCAGUGCAAGGGAGAUCAUUCGCACUGUCUUUAAUGCAGUACCAGACAUUCACUUCUUGUACCUCAUUGUACCCAAUGGCAUCUUCCCUGAGCCUGCCUUGGCUGACAUCUUCAAGCCACUGGAGAAGAAGUUUGGAGCAAAACCUCUAGAGAAAUAUUCCAUAUUUGUCUGUCACAGACAUGACCACGCUCCGGUUCUCUUCGUUAGGAAAGCCAGGGUGGAAGACCAUGAUGACCUGACGCCUAUAUUCAACCGUCAGAGUGACAUGUUGAAGACGACGUAUGGAGAUUACUUCUUAGCAGAGUUGAUUGAGUCUCAAGAUGAGGAUAACCAUGCUAUUAUUGUUGAGACGGAGGGCAAUGCAGUUGGAUUCAUGAGUAUUUCUAGAAGUAUUAAUCUGGAUCUACUGAGUAGGUGCUUUGAGUUGGGUCCAUUCCAUGGUCUGCGCAAACCACAUCCUGAAGAUGUCCUCGUGCCUCCUACACCACCCCCUACAGCUGAACAACCAGUCACAGCUGAUGAUCAUGAAGGUAGUCAACAUGGACCAGACAAACCGAUGUCCAGAUCCAGCUCAAUCUCCAGCAAGAAGGGUGACGGCACCAUACCAACUCCGGCCACUACAGUAAGACCAGGAAGCGGUAGUAAAACCACACCCGCUGGUACCCUACCAUCAACAUUGAGUACGCCUGCACAACCUAAGCCUGGAACCAGUGCCAGUGGAGUCGAGUCAACAGAUGUCAAGAUUCAAUCCAAGCUAAGUGAUGUGCACAUGGCAAGUGUUGCCUCCUUGAUGAGUGAACAUGAAGAUGCAGAAUCGGUCAGGUCAACCGGGUCAAAGAAGAGUGAGUCACUAGUCUCGGCACAAGGGGACACCGAUGUCACCCCAGCUGUACCAGAACCAAGCCCUAUCCCAGAACCCGCUCUCCCCACCCCAAGGUUUGAUCCGGUGUAUCACGGAGAGUCCAACGGCUUCACCAUUCAGCUUUUCUGCAUUGAUGAAAAAUAUGAAAUGAGAUCUCUGGACUUUCUACCCAUGGCAUUUUCUCUGUUUCCUGAUAAGGAGUUUUGUAUACUCACCAUGCCCCACAUGGUACCAGAGUUCCCUCUCCUACAGAGCUUUGUGAGAGUCACCCCUAAGUGCCCCAGCAUCCUUGCUCAAGAGCUGUAUGUAUUCAACCGAUGCGGCCUUCUUCAAUCCUUCGAGGUUCGGCCGGCCUGUACCACCGACGAGCAAGGGGUGCAGGACUUGAUACAACAUGUAGACAACAAGGAAGGACUGAUGACUGAUCUUAGACAGUUUAACAAGGCUAGGAGAGAUCCGGAUGGUACACCAAUCCAAGCCUUUGUCGCUACCUGUCUGAACCAAGUGGUGGGCGUGGCCAUAACACGUCAGGAGGAGGAUAUUGAGUACAUCCGCUCCCACUACAACAUCGAAGAUUUCAUCUACUUCAAUCACCACCGCCGAGAUGAGCAUGGUCACCUUCACCAUCUGGCCCUCAAUCCCAUAUUUCAGCAUCAGACUAAACACUUGAUGAAAGAGGUACUACGCCAGGCCCACUUUACGUGUCUCUACUACCCUGUGUACCCGCCCUAUGCGUCAGAGGAGGUGCGGAAGAAGCAUUCCUUGGUUACCAGCUUAAACUACAUGGUGCCAGUGAGAGGGAGAAGGCAGAUUAUUUACCCGGUGGAUCAGCUUAAGGGCAAUGCUCCGUCUGAGAGAAUCCUCAAAGAAAAGGAGAAGUAUGCGUUGAGUCACAUGAACCGGAAGUUGACCCUUGAACCCAAGGUCACAAUCAAUGCACGUGUGGUUGUUGUUGGUGCUUCAGAUAUAGGAAUGGCUUUUCUAGAAACUUUGGCAUUCUGCCCCCAUCUACGGUUCAACAACCUGGUGCUGAUUGCACCAAACGGUCUUCCUGGUGAACUGGCCCCCGAUGCAGUCCGAGCCAAAUUCCUCUCUAUGAGCCACUGCUAUACACAGGAUCAACUGUCUCAGGUGUCCCUCCGUUCAUGGGUCAAUGUUGUCCAGGCAAAGAUGGUGGCCAUCAACAGAGGCAGCAAGUAUGUGAAAGUUGCAGGAGGAGCCCGGGUACCCUACGAUCACCUGAUCUUAUGUACAGGUCAGCAGUACCAGACUAGCUGCCCUACGGGGGCAGAGGUUUCAACCAAGCUGGUGACCAACGCCUCCCUCCCUCAGAGUCCCAACUCUUACUACAAGGGUCGGGUACCCAAGAACGUCUUCACGGUGAAUGAUGAGUACGAUGCUUGCCGGGUAGUCAAGUGGAUCAACAAAUACUUUCUGAACAGCGAGGGUAAGGCAAUCAUUUACGGGAGUUCCCUGGACGCCUACAGCGCUGUUCAGUCAUUGCUUGAUAUCGGUCUGCCGGGCUCACGGAUCUGCUUCAUCAAACCUCCUCUCAAGUACAGCGUGACAUGUUUCAAUAACGCCAAGGUGGAAGAGAUGGUGCAUGAAGCCAUUGCGGCUGAGGGUGUACAGAUGUUUGAAGGUUAUUAUCUUGCCCAGUGGAAUGAUGGUAAGGGAGGGGAGGAGUUGUACUGCGCCUCAUUCACCUGCGACACUAAACCUCUCAAACUGGAGUGCUCUGCUUUCUUCUGUUUCAACAACAAGGCGGUUGAUUACGACACAUUCAAAGCAAUAAAUGACAGCUGUUUAGUGUUUGAUGGCAAGUUGGUCAUCGAUGCCAACUUCCACACCAACGAUCUGGCCAUCAGAGGGGCAGGACCACUCACAAAGUUCCAGCGUAAAUACCACGCUGACCAAUGGUCCCAUGCAAACUUCAACUCCAAGGAAGUAGGCAGUGCCCUUGCGUCCACCAUGUUGAGACUCUUCGAUCCCACCCUGGAGACAGACACCAGUCCACCCAUCGAGCCCGUUCCUCUGAUCCCAAUCUACUUGGAGGCUAAAGUCAAAGGUGCAGACCUGCCAGGUGGUUUGCGAUACCUUCAUUUUGGCAAGCCAAGUUUGGACACGCCACUAGAGGCUGACAUGGCGCAGCUUGAUUAUGGGAGAGUGUUGUUAACAGGCGACAAGGAAGGCUCAUCACAAGACUACUUCAGGCUUCAUAUCAACCAGUACAGCAAUAUUCAGACUGUCACCUGCCUGUCUCGAAAGAGUGUGGACACCAGCAAUCUACUAUGCCUCUACAACCUCCAUGAGCGAUUCCUCAACAACCUGGUGUCUCGAUUUGACGAAGGAUUGAUAACAGACCUUUACAGCUUCUUCCGUGAGACCUGGUCCCUGGCCGUCUUCCAUGAUCGCUUCUUGGACUUCAGACAAGAGAUCAGGGAGCUUCUUGUCCAAAGACCGGCUGUUAACGUUGCUGCCCUUGAGGAGAAGGUCAGACAACUGAUUGAUCAAGACCUGCAGCUGGAGAAGAAAGAGCGCAAGUACCUUGAGGAGGAAUUUGAGACAAGCGGCAACAAGAGAUCCCUUGAGACAAGACUUCUCAGCUUCUUGAGCUACAACUAUUAUCACCUGCCGAUGUACGCUAAGCCAGGCAUGGUCUGACUUCACUAAAUCCUUACUGCAAUUGUGCCUUUAUAACACAACAAAGAGAAGGUUGUCCAAUUUCCUGUUAUAAAUUUACAGUUUCUUGAGUUUUUUCUCUGAUUUAUUUUCCCUUCAGUGAUAAGUUGUAUUAAUUUUGGUUUUACCCAUACACAGAUGUGUGUUAGCACUGUAUACUCAGUA